UUUCUUAUUACCAUACCGGAAAUGACGCCAUCGACAUGCUCCCCGAGGUCAAAAGGUUCUCUAAAGUCCUGCCAUUGACUGCAUUGUCGUUGUUGCCACACGAGCAGGACAAUAUGAAUCCACUCAGUUCAGAGAAGGAAACAUUGAUGGAUGAAAUCGAAAAGAGUUUAUGGAAUUUAACUGUGGACAAUUUACGCUACAUGUGUGAACGUUGUGGAAUGGAUGGCCCUGAAAUUAAAGGGAUGAAUCAUCGCUUAUUAAGGCGUAAAGUCAUGGAGGAAAUGUGGGACAAGACGGAGUCAAUGAAAUCAGAGGAGCAGGGAAUGUCUUGGUUAGUUCAACUGAAAGAGGACAUCAGGAGGACACAGGAGGAGGGUAGCAGUACACUCAUGAGUCCCGGCCAAUCAGAUGAUGUAGACCGCAAUGAAGAACACAACAAGGGGGACGGGGAUUGGUUGCCUAGCAACGGACUGAUAGCGGAACCCUUGCAUCCCAGCCAAUGUGAUGAUGAUGCUGUCGACUGCGAUGAAGAAUGGAAUGAAAAGGGAGGAGCUGGGUUGCUUAGCAAUGGACUGGAGGCGGAGUCAGCUCCAGAGAGCCACAGUUACGACAAGCCUCUACCACCCCCCUCCCCUCUCCCAGAGUCUCCGGGUCAUGCCUCUCCCAGCAGGGCAGUAUUGUGCGGUCUGAAGAGGGUGUCUGUACGGCUCAACGACUGCAGGAAGACACCAGGGCAGAGUAGCCAUAUAAUACACAAGAUAACACAGACGGGAGAGAAACCCCACAGCUGGUCUAAUGCUGAACAACACAAAACCCUCUCAGGAGACAGGCCUGGCUCCCAUAUCUGUGAUCACUGUGGGAAGAAUUUUGUCACAGCUACCAAUCUGAAAACACAUUUACUGUGUCUGUCUGGAGAGAAACCUUACAUGUGCUCUGAAUGCGGAAAGAGAUUCACGCAGGCCGGCAAUCUUAAGAGACACCAGAGAACUCAUACUGGGGAGAAGCCGUUUGUUUGUCCUCGUUGUGGGAAAGACUACAAUGAUUCUGGAAACUUAAAGAAACACAUGAGGUCCCAUGCUAUUAAACAACACACAGGGAACCCCAAAGUGAAACCCUACCUCUGCUCUGAUUGUGGGAAGCAAUUCAUUGGAAAACAAAGCCUUGAAUAUCACCGGGAGGUUUUUCACACAGAUCACCCUCACCGCUGUGGUCAAUGUAAGAAGAGCUUCAUAACUGCAGCAAGAUUGGAAUCGCACAUAAAAACAAGACACCCGCCAACUGAUCCUCUGAAGAAUCCACACGUGUGCUUGGAAUGUGGAAGGGGAUUCCCUGUGGCCGCCAGUCUUAAAAGACACCUGAGAAUUCAUUCUGAGGAGAAACCGUACUCCUGCCCUCAGUGUGGAAACAGUUACAGUGAUCGUGGAAAUUUAAAGAAACACAUCAGAACUCACACAGAAGAGAAACCCUACCACUGCUCGGUGUGCGGGAUGAAGUUCCGUCAUACAAAAACAUUACAACGACAUCACCAGGAGAACCACAAGGGGGAGACACUGGGUCCCAUCCACAGGCACCAAGAUCCUCUUCCAUGCCCCCACUGCGGGGAGGAGUUCUCAUCCAAGGCUCUUCUGAAGGAUCAUCUACGGACCCACCCUAGCAGGGUCCACUGUUCCCAGUGCGACAAGACCUUUUCCAAUAAAGGUAAUUUACUGGUUCAUCAGCGGAUACACACUGGAGAGAGGCCUUACCUUUGCCCUCAGUGUGGGAAGAGUUUCUCUCUGGCAGGGAGUUUAAAACUGCAUCUCCGGAUUCAUGCGGGUGAGAAACCUUACUGCUGUACUUACUGUGACAAGAGAUUCACAAGGAAGGGCCACUGCAAUAGCCACAUGCGAAUCCACACUGGAGAGAAACCGUACCAAUGCUCUGACUGCGGGAGGAGGUUUGCUGACGGUAACGUCCUGAAAAACCACCGGCGGACCCACACAGGAGAGAAACCGUUCCAGUGCCGCAUGUGUGAUAAAGCCUUCGCCCAGUUGACCAGUCUGAAGAAACAUCAGGAGACACACAGCCAUAAUCACACUGUAAGAUAAAGCCUUGGCCCAGUUGAGCAGUAUGAAGAAUUAUCCAGAGACACAAAUCCAGCCUGUCUCUGUCGGGAAUCGCUACGUACCACACAAUCAGUCCAUCCCUAAUACUUACCCACCCUGUCCCUUCGCUACGUACCACACAAUCAGUCCAUCCCUAAUACUUACCCACCCUGUCCCUUUGGCCCUCACCAUGUUGGCAGUUCUAGGGAGGGAUUUGGGACCAGGGGACUGAAGUUACCAAAGACAAACAGCUGUAAAUACAACUUUGUAUCGCAGACUUCCUCUCAUUAGGGGCCAUCGGAAGGCAUUGGAUCAGGUGUCUUCUUGAUCUCUGGUUUUAACCAUGACCAGUUCAUUUUAAAUGACAAAUGUGGGUAUCCUGUUAGCCUGACAUCCAGACCUGUUAGCCUGACAUCCAGACCUGUUAGCCCGACAUCCAGACCUGUUAGCCUGACAUCCAGACCUGUUAGCCUGACAUCCAGACCUGUUAGCCUGACAUCCAGACCUGUUAGCCCGACAUCCAGACCAGUUAGCCCGACAUCCAGACCUGUUAGCCCGACAUCCAGACCUGUUAGCCCGACAUCCAGACCUGUUAGCCCGACAUCCAGACCUGUUAGCCCGACAUCCAGACCUGUUAGCCCGACAUCCAGACCUGUUAGCCCGACAUCCAGACCUGUUAGCCUGACAUCCAGACCUGUUAGCCUGACAUCCAGACCUGUUAGCCCGACAUCCAGACCUGUUAGCCUGACAUCCAGACCUGUUAGCCUGACAUCCAGACCUGUUAGCCUGACAUCCAGACCUGUUAGCCUGACAUCCAGACCUGUUAGCUUGACAUCCAGACCUGUUUUGUGCUAACAUUCCAUCUCCAUGCCAUGUUUGGCAUAUUAUAAUUAGAAAAAUGGAUACUGUGUGGACUGUAAGCACAACUAGACUGCUACCCAGGCUAGUAUCUUGUAUGUACAAUAUUUUUUUUUUCUGCCUCAAACUGAAAUGAUUCUGCUCGGCUCCCCGUUCAAUGUUGAGUUCACAUUUUAGCCCGGGAGUUUUUGUAUUAACUGUUGAUGUUUAGAUAUGUUGUCCAUUUGAAUUUAUUGCUGAACCCCAACUAGAGUUAAAUAAAAAUGGUGACAGCAA